CGACAACCUCAAAAGCACAGGAGAUCUUUCAACUAAGCAAAAUGUCGGUUGGCGAGAUCUUUUCUGACGCGCAGAGAUCUCUUGUUGGGCACAAGACUCUUGCAAAACGCCUUCGCCGACUCGAAAACACGCCCAAUUUUGAGGCGCAUAUCAAGCAAUGCAUCUUCCGUCUUUUGGACGUCAGCAAAUCCGAAGUUGCAGGCAACAGAGUCAUCAAAUUCCUCACUGUGUAUCUCGAAGCGGCCGAAGCGACCAACCAAAGCACGUCGUCCAUACUUCUCGCGCUGCUCCCGUUCCUAUGUGCCAAAGACAAAACCGUCCGGUACAGAGCCACACAGCUGGUGUCGCAAAUCCUGGGAGUUUUGAGCACCAUCGACGACGAUCUGUACAAGGUGAUCAGGCACGAACUGAUUAAGCGCCUACGGGACAAAGUGCCUGCGAUCAGGCUGGAGGCAGUUUUGGCACUGGGAAGAUUGGUGGAGAAUGAGAUGGAGGACGAGGAUGAAGAGCAAGACUCCGAUGAAGAUGUGGCCCCAGGCUUGCUGGAGAAGCUCCUGGAUGUGUUGCAGAAUGACACCAACGCCGACGUCAGAAGGGCACUUUUGCUCAACCUGCCCGUCACGCCCAAGACACUACCAUACCUUCUCGAAAGGGCGAGAGACCGUGAUGGACCGACCCGUCGGGCACUGUACUCACGCCUCCUGCCGAACCUGGGUGACUUCCGACACCUGUCCCUGUCCAUGAGAGAAAAACUCUUGAGGUGGGGUUUGAGAGACCGCGACGAGAAGGUCCGCAAAGCCGCCGCCCACUUGUUUCGAGCGCGGUGGAUUGAGGACUGCGUCGCCUCCCGCAGCGAGCAAAGUGACGAAGAGAAGAAAGAACAAAAGGGCUUUUACCCACCCAACAUUCCGGCGCUUCUGGAACUUCUUGAGAGGAUAGACGCCUUGAACACCGGCAACGAGGCCGGCGUCGGUCGAGAAGCCAUGAAAGAAUUCUGGGCGGGGCGGCCUGACUACAUGGACGCGGUCACCUUCGACGACGAGUUUUGGGACACUUUGACUCCGGAAUCGGCCUUCAUGGCACGCACGUUCAACGAUUUCUGCCAGCAGUCCCAAGAUCAAAAGCAUCAAGUCAUGAUCGAAGAGAAGAUGCCAGAGGUGACCAGACUCGGAUUCCACCUGCAAAAACACAUCAACGAGCUACUCGUCAAGGUCCAGAACGCCAUCGAAACCGACAGUGACGAGAAGCUGGCCGAACAGGCCGAGCAAGAAUUCAUAGUCGAACAACUCCUCUACAUCGCCCAGACGCUCGAUUACACCGACGAGGUCGGUCGGAGGAAGAUGUUUUCGCUACUCCGCCACGCGCUAUCCAUGGCGGACCUUCCGGAGGAGUGCACCCGGCUCGCGGUCGAGGCACUUCGCCUCGUCUGCAACCCCGACGCCGCGGGAGAGCGAGAAUUCACGUCCGUCGUCCUCGAAGCCAUCGCCGAGGUUCACGAUAACAUCGUGUCCGACGAGGGAGAAGAGGAAGGUGCAGACGCCGACGGCGACGAUGAUGCGAGCUUCGUGUCCGCCCGCAGCGAAGUGAGCGACCCGGAUUCCAACGCGACGCCCAAGAACAACAACGGCUCCACCGGCAAGAACAAGAAGAACCAAAACCUCUCGGAAGAAGAGCAAGAGGCCCAGGCCAUCAAGGAGAUCGUGAUCAAUAUGAAGUGUCUGCACAUAGCGCAGUGCAUGCUCCAGAACGUCGCCGGCAACCUCCAAUCCAACAUCCACCUUCGCACCAUGUUUGACAACCUUGUCAUACCGGCCGUCCGGUCUCACGAGGUCUUGAUCCGGGAGAGAGGCGUGCAGUGUCUAGGUCUCUGCUGCCUCCUCGAACCGAAGCUCGCGGACGAGAACAUGCGUCUGUUUACGCAUUUGCUCAAAAAGGGUCACGAGACCUUGCAAGUGAUGGCGCUUCAGAUCCUGUGUGACAUCUUGAUGGCUAGAGGCCCUCCCAGUGCAUCUCAGUCACAACCCACGACGGUCGAAGGUGGCGGCGGCGGCGGCGCCGCAUCACCCAACAACAAUAACGCGGACUCCGCAGGAGAUGGGGAACAGACGAACACUGCGGCUGGCAACGCCAACACGAACACCAACAUGACGAGUCUCCUCUCACCCUUCAUCAAGGCUCUAUCCCCCAACUUUGUCGAGGAGGUCCGCGCCACCGCCACGAGUAGCUUGUGCAAACUCAUGCUGUGCGGCUUCUACAAGGAGAACGAGGAGUUGUUUGACCAGAUCGUUGAGCGGGCGAUGCAGCUCGGCGCAAAGGGAUGGGAGUUGUUGGAAAAGGUCAAGAACGCCGUCGUGGUUGACAGGGAAAAGGAAAAGUUGUUGGAGAGGGAGGAGGAGGAAAAGGGGCGCGAGCUGCUACAACCUCCUCCCACGGCCACAGUCGGUCCGUUCGGGGCGGCGUCGACUAGACUGAGCGCCGCCGCCGACGAUGGGGCCGCGACAAACAACGAUCAUGGCGGCGGCACAGGGAGCGCCCGCACUUCGGAUGGUGUCGUUGUCGCCGCUGACGGCAAGACGAGACUCAGUAGUGGCGGCGACGGUGGUGCCACAAAUGCCGUCGACGUUGAUGCAUAGGACAGACACAUGAGGUGUUUUCUUUUUGUUGUGCUUUUGACUCGGUUAUGAUUUGGUGCUUUUUUUUGCGUUUUUUGCGUUUUUGGACAGUUUUACUCAAGAUAUCGUCGUUUCUCAGCAACAUACCUUGAUACUCUUACGGUGGUUCAGUAGCGUGUUGGAAAUGAAUAUGAAUAAUACCUACUAAUAGGUACAUUUAUCUCUUCCC